UUUAAAAAAAAUAUAUGUUUAAAUUUUCCUAGUGAAUAAUUUUUUGCAUGUUGAAGUGGAAAAUAAGAAUUAAAUAUAAUUGUACACCACAGUGGAUACAAAUCUGUCGGUUUUAUUUUUUAUAAAUUCAAAUCGUUUGAUAUAUCGUAUAUUAUUAUAUUUUUUUUUUUUAAAUUAACACAACAAGUUUUGUUGAAUAAAAAUGAUGGUGAGGGAAUUAAAGUAUUGCUUUAGUUUGAUUAUUCUUUGUCGACAUUUAAUUGACUAAAGUCAUUGGAUGAUCAUCAUCAGGUUGUUUUAUUUAAUAAAAAAUUAAAAAUGGGAUUAUUGACUGAUGGAAGUGCUCUUAGCUGGGAAGAGACGAAGCAUUAUGCUGAUUAUGUACGUAAACAUGGAAUAAUACAAUUUAUUAAUAUUUUUAAUAAAUAUAAAGAUAGACAAGGUGAUCCAUUCAAGUGGGGUGAUGAGGUUGAAUUUUUAAUUGUAAAAUUUAAUGAUAAAGAUAAAACUGCAAAGCUUUGUUUAAAAGGUGAUGAAUUGUUGAAAGUAUUAAAUGAAAAAGAAGAAAAUGAUCCAACAGGUGUUGAAUCACUCUGGCGACCUGAAUAUGCAUCUUUCAUGAUUGAAGGAACACCAGGUAAACCUUAUGAUGGCUUUUUUGAUGGUUUAAAUAAAAUAGAAAUAAAUAUGAAUAAUCGAAGACAAGAAAUAAUGAAAUUACUUGAACCUGGUGAAGUUGUAAUGACCCUAACUAAUUUUCCAAGACUUGGUUGCCCUAAUUUUACUGAACCACCAACAUAUCCAACACCAAAUGUUGGAAUAACAAAAAGUUUGUUUCUAUCUGACGAAACAAUUGCAAAUAACACACGUUAUCAAACAGUCGCUAGAAAUUUCGUUGAUCGUCGAGGUGAAAAAGUUAUUUCGAAUAUUCCAAUUUACAGGGACGUAAAUGUUGCAAGACCAUUUAAAGAAAAUUUAUCAAUCUAUGGUGAUGAUGGAACAAGUGAAAAAUUGACCAAAGAAAAUCAUAUUUACAUGGAUUCAAUUGGUUUUGGUUUUAGCUGUUGUUGUCUUCAACAAACAAUGCAAGCUUACGACUUGAAAGAAGCUAAAUUUAUAUAUGAUCAACUAGCACCAAUGUGCGGAAUAAUGUUGUCACUAACAGCAGCAAGUCCAUUUUAUCGUGGUUACAUGUCAAAUGUUGAUACACGAUGGAAUAUAUUAAAUGAUAUUGCAGAUUGUAGAACUAAAGAAGAACGUGGUAUAACACCACUCAAGGAAAACAAGUUUUUAAUUAAUAAAACACGUUAUAAUUCAAUAAGUUCAUAUUUAAGUGAACAAGCUGAUAAAUAUAAUGAUAUACCAUUAACUUAUGAUGAUAAUAUAUUUAAUCAAUUAUUAAAAAAUGGAAUUGAUUGUUUACUUGCAAAACAUAUUGCAUAUUUAUUCAUCAGAGAUCCUUUGUUUUUAUUUUCUGAAAAAUUAAAUUUAAAUGAUGAAAUUGCCACUGAUCAUUUUGAGAAUAUUCAGUCAACAAAUUGGCAAACAAUGAGAUUUAAACCACCACCAGGAAAUUCAUCAUCAUCAAUUGGAUGGAGGGUUGAAUUUCGGCCAUGUGAAUUACAAAUAACUGACUUUGAAAAUGCAGCAAUAUCAUGUUUUAUUAUUUUGUUGUCGAGAGUUAUACUGGCUUAUAAUUUAAAUUUAUUAAUACCAAUUAGUAAACUUGAUGAUAAUAUGACCAGAGCUGCUAAACGUGAUUCAAUUAGAGUAGAGAAAUUCUGGUUUAGAAAAAAUAUAAUGAGAGAAGAGGAGGGUAAUGAUAUUGUUGAUGAAUAUGCGGAAUUCACUGUCAAUGAAAUUAUUAAUGGGAAGGAAGGAGUUUUUAUUGGUCUUAUGCCUCUAAUUUAUUCUUACCUUGGCAAUAUUGAUAUUGACACUGAGACAUAUUGUAAAUUGAAAAAAUAUCUUGAAUUUAUUCAGAGAAAAGCUUCUGGUGAAAUUAUCACAACAGCAUCUUGGCUUAGAAAAUUUGUCAUGACACAUCCAGACUACAAGAAUGACUCUGUUAUUUCUGAUCGUAUUAAUUAUGAUCUCUUAAAAAAAAUCCAUGAUAUCCAAACAAACGUUGAUCCUUGUCCAGAACUUUUGGGUACAUGGAGAAUGUCAAAAAAAAAGCUAUAAAAAACUACAAAUAUUUAAAAUAAAACUUAAUAAUUCCAGUAUAUAAUAUUAAAAAUACACUUUAACUAAUAAUAGUUAUUAAUUUUAAAAUAAAUCAACUAAUAUAAUAUUUAAAUGAAUUAAUUGAAAUAUUUAAUACAUAUUGAAUUAUUCAAAUUUGAAAAAAAAAAAAUAUACAUAUUCAUAAUUAUGAAAUUAACAAUAAUUAAUUCAAUCUUCCAUUCGUCGUUUUUUUGACCUUGGUGAUUUACCAUACAUUUCUGUUUUUUUUCUUUUCUUUGAUUCUUUUUUCUUAGCUUGUCUGGCAAUUUUACGUUUAGCUGCAAUUUCCGGAUCUGUAACGUACUGUAAACAGAUAAAAAAAAUAAAAACAUCAAUUAAAAAAUUCCUAAUAAUUAUAAAACAAUUUUCAUUAAAAAAAAAAAAAAAAUGAAUAAAUAAUAAUUA